CUGCUUGUCGACUGACACAAACACAGACAUCGCUACGUGAUGUGAAGUUGUGAUCGGAGGACACACAACAAGUGAACAGCAUGAGAGGAGGAGGAGACACACGAUCUUCACCCAAACAUGUCUGUUCCAGUGUUUCUGUGCGUGACGUCGAACGGUGUCUUUAAAACGUGCUGAAGCUGAAGCUGAAGGAAGAAAGAGUCUCAUUCUCCGACAGAGGAAACAGAGGACACAAUGAAGUUUGCUCAGUUUCUGCUGAAGAACGCCUCCGUGGCUGGAAUUCCGAAACAAGUGGAGAGGUUCUCCAAGUUCUCCCCUUCGCCCCUGUCCAUGAAGCAGUUCCUUGACUUUGGCUCGGCCAAUGCAUGUGAGAAGACCUCCUUUGUUUUCCUGCGCCAGGAGCUUCCCGUCCGACUGGCCAACAUCAUGAAGGAAAUUGAUUUCCUCCCAGACAAGCUCCUCGGCACACCAUCCCUUAAGCUCCUCACCAGCUGGUAUUCACAGAGCUUGCUGGAGCUUGUCGACUUUUUGGAAAAAGAUCCAGAUGAUAAGGACGUCCUGACGAUCUUCACACAGACCUUGGUGAACAUCCGGAACCGGCACAACAACGUGGUGCCCACCAUGGCUCAGGGUGUGGUGGAGUACAAGGAGGCAUUCGGCGUGGACCCCGUCACCAACCAGAACGUCCAGUACUUCCUGGACCGUUUCUACAUGAGCCGCAUCUCCAUACGCAUGCUCAUAAACCAGCAUACAUUAAUCUUCAACGGCAGUGUGAACCCAGCCCAUCCCAAACAUAUCGGCAGCAUUGACCCAACCUGUGAUGUCGUGGAGGUCGUAAAAGAUGCCUAUGAGACUUCAAAGAUGCUGUGUGAGCAGUAUUACUUAACCUCGCCUGAUAUGGAGGUCAAAGAAAUCAACGCUGAAAACCCUGGCCAGCCUCUGCACAUUGUCUACGUGCCGUCCCAUCUUUACCACAUGCUGUUUGAGCUCUUCAAGAACGCCAUGAGAGCCACAGUCGAGACCCACGAGAUGAGUCCGACGUUGCCUCAAAUCAAAGUGCGAGUUUCACUGGGUGCUGAGGACCUCACUAUCAAGAUGUCUGACAGAGGAGGCGGAGUUCCUCUGAGGAAGAUUGAACAUCUCUUCAGCUACAUGUACUCCACCGCUCCCAGUCCCGUCCAUGUAGACAACUCUCGCAACGCACCUCUGGCUGGUUUUGGUUAUGGUCUGCCCAUCUCCCGCCUGUAUGCCAAGUAUUUCCAGGGAGACCUGCAGCUCUACUCAAUGGAGGGCUACGGCACAUCAGCUGUCAUAUACUUAAAGGCUUUGUCCUCAGAGUCCGUGGAGAGACUUCCUGUUUUCAACAAGUCUGCCUUACGGCACUACCAGGCCAGCACAGAGGCCGACGACUGGUGCAUGCCCAGCAAGGAUCCAAAGAAACUGGGCAAGCAUGAGAGGACAUGGUGAUGACAGACUGCGGGACGAAAGUUAAGACAGUAAAGAAAAGUAUGGACGUGUGAAUAGUUAAAUUAAGAAGCUGGAAGAAGUGGAUAAACUUGUACUGUAGGCAAGAGAAGGCAUCGAGUGCUCUGAGCGAGCUGCUGGACGUGGACCUGUGCACAUGAAAUCUGGAUUCCUUUCCAAACCCUACAAGGAAAACACUUCCCAAGAAUCAGAUAAAUGCAGUGAAAUACCUGAGCUGAGCUAUUUCUAUCAGCCUCCAGACAAUUUAGCCCCAUUAUAUGAAUAUAAUGGUGAUGGAACAAGUCAAGUAUUAAUCUGCUUUAUUAUACUUUUUUUGUUUUUAGCCAUAAUAACAUGUAUACACUGUGUUGAAAAAAGCAUGUUAGCUUUUUGUGUUGAUGUCCUUUUUUCAUGUCCACAAUCGUUAGACUGGUAAAGUUCUUAGGUCAAUGUAGAUUACUGGGUUAAAUUGUGUUUUUGCUGUAGGUUAAAUCCAUAUCAGUGCCUUGGAAAAGCCCAGUGAGUCAAGUGAAUGAGAACUGGAGCAUGUUCAAAGUCCAGCAUAAAGUCAAAGGGAGCAACGACUGCUCCUCCUGUAGCCGUUCUGUAUUUCUUCUUCAGCUCUUACACAAGAGGAGCAGUCCAGAGACACAAUAAGAGAAAUGCAUAAAUGCUGUUAUGUGUGCUGUGAGGUGAUAAUGCUUGGAAUGAUUUUGCUUUGAUCACUUUGACUUAAUCUAUAGGUCAAAGUAUCAGCUUGUUCAAUAGAAACAUAAACACAGGUGCCUUAGCCUUGGAACAAUGCCAGGUCAUUUUUAAAGUUUAAUAAUUGUUAAUAUUGAAAAAACACAUGGACCGAGAAAAUGAGAAUUGUCAAUACAAAGAAUAGCAGCAUAUUUAAAGUUGAUAUGUGUAAGUGAAAUGGGAAUAGUGAAUUUUCACAUUAAUUUACCUGCAUGGAAACUGAUGUGUUAAUCACUGUAGGAACCAAAAUUACCCCAAGUGUUUUUUAAUGACACUUAUUUUGUAUAUUUAAGUGAUUUUCUGCACGUCAGAGGGUUUCAAUGCUAAAUGUUGCACUACAGAAAACUCACACUGUACUCUGUCAUGCUCAGAUUAGUGCAGCAUGUCAACUGUAUUGGAAUAAAUUCAGUCUAGCAGACAUAGAAACAGACAGAUGGUCAGAUAAGGUUACAUUUAAGCUGUAUUGAAUUAUCUGUAACCACUAUUUCACACAACCCUUAGAGGAUGAGCAGUUGAUGAUGUACAGUAUGAAUAGAUUGAAGAAUGUCACAUGUUUUUUCCUCUAAUACAUGUCAGUCAAAUGCACUUUUCAGUUUGCAUAGUUCAUUUUAAUCAUUUCGUUGAGAAUGUAUUGUUUUCAAAUUUAAGUAUUCUUAUCUCUCACUUAUGGGGAUCAAAUUUAAAGAUUUCUGAACCAAUAGAGGCACGUCUUGGUCACUUUUUAUCCUGAGAAACUUUAUUCUCAAAGGCCACGUGUGGUUAUAGUUCAAUCACUUAAAGGACCAGUGAAUGUAGAAAAUAAAAAUCUGCAGUUUGUCCCUUGUGGUUGCUCCGGUUUAUUUCAGAUGUAUACUUUGUUGUUUUGCAGCAUCAAUAGUUAAUUGUUUGUGUGUUGACUGUAUUUUUUGCUCAGUUCGAUUUAUGCAACAUGAAAGAUGUCAGGAUUCAUGAGGUCACGGAGGUCAGAGCUGUAGAAAUGAAACAGUUUCCAGUAUGUUACGUAAACAGCAGCGUGUGGCGUGUCCUCUGCUCACUCUUCUCCCUCCGCAGCUUGUUUUAGGAAACUUUGCUCUGUUUGUCUGCCACCGUCGCAGACCGUUGGCUUCUCGUGGCCGGCUGCCAUUGGGGGAUGAGAACAGGCCGUCCUGCUCUGUUUUGCCCCUUCAUUAGCGUGCCCACAUGUUGUGCUCUAUUCUGCUUCUGUCUCUUUCUCUGUUUGUCGCCCUCAACUCUCUUUUCCAGCUCAUUGAGGUUUUAUGAGCAUGACAGCAACACAAGUACAGAUUUAUUUAAGCUCAGUCUCAAAGGAGAAAGAAUAAAAAGUAAAAAAGAAGAUCACUGCUGUGUCAGUGUCAUUGCAACAGUCAGUCUCAAAUAAAGGACGAACCCCCUCUUCUGCUGCCAA